CCAGAUCCGAAUGCAUCUUAUUCGUCCCGCCCGUUCUGAAAUCUGAAAACCCGCGUCCCAGCGACGCAUUGUUGAGAACUUUUUCGUGAUUUAGAUCUCAAUCUCGGCGACCAUCGGGGCCAGACCCAAACGGAGUCUCUCUCCGGCGAGGCUGCUCCGAGUUCACGAUCUUCAGCGGUUAGAACGUCGUUUCGCUCCUUUUAGGUCAACCACUCCAGCAGCUAGAGAAGAGACAGAAUGGCCAUCGCAAGGACCGGCGUCUUCGUGGACGACUACCUCGAAUAUUCGAGCACACUGCCAGCAGAACUCCAGAGGCUACUCAACACCAUGCGAGAAUUGGACGAGAGAUCGCAGGCCAUGAUUAAUCAGAGUAGGGAGCAAACUAAAUACUGCCUCGGCCUCUCUUCUCAAAAUAAUAAGAAAGGGCAUCCUGAGGACGAUGAAUUCAUCGAGAAGAUGAAGAAGGAGAUCGAAGUGAACCAGGAGAACGCGUUGAGCCUCUGCACGGAGAAAGUUCUGCUGGCUAAACAGGCCUAUGAUCUCAUCGAUAGCCAAAUGAAACGCCUUGAAGAAGAUCUUGGUCACUUUUCAGAAGACCUAAAGCAAGAGGGGAAAAUACCUCAUGACGAGCCUACGGUCCUCCCUCCUGUGGUUGUUAAGGAUGAACGAAGGAAGACAUAUUUUGGUACACCACAGACCAAGAGGCUUGAGUUCAGGGAGAGGGAAUGGGAUCGAGAGCGUGAUCGAGACUUCGAACUCAUGCCACCUCCCGGCAGCCAUAAGAGAACUGUUCCUGCCCCUGUUGAUGUUGAUCAACCCAUUGAUCCAAAUGAACCAACCUACUGUGUUUGUCAUCAAGUAUCAUUUGGUGAUAUGAUUGCCUGCGACAAUGAGAAUUGUGAAGGAGGGGAAUGGUUCCAUUAUGCAUGUGUUGGCCUUUCAUCUGAGACACGCUUUAAAGGGAAGUGGUACUGUCCCACGUGCAAACCUCUCUACAUUAAAGCACAGGAAAAUGUGUAGGUAUUCUACUGGUCUGCCUGAGAAUUUUCUGGAACAUGGUGAGGUCGGAUCGUGCAAAUACAGCUUAUUUAGAGCACAACAGAUUGUUUUUGAGUCACUUUUGUCAAAUAUAAAUAUCUAUCUCAAAUUCGUUGACAAGAAUCACUAUUGUUCUAUAUUGUGAGAUGUAUUCAAUCAUCAACCACUCAUAUUACAUAA